AUGCUGGACUUUAACGUGGCUUUGUUAGCCUGCAUUGCGAUAUUUUACACCUUUCGUCGACUGAGGAAGAUUUACAGGUUGAGGAAAUUACGCCAGUCUUUAUCUUGUCGUAAUCCGCCUCGCUUCCGAAGAAGAGGGCCCCUGGGCAUCAAUAAUGCCCUUGAGCGGCUACGAUUUCGAGGCGACAUAUUAGACGGAUUAUUGGUCAAAGGAUUCGAGAAGUAUGGAUUUACCCACGAGAUUAAGGAGCCAGGCCUACAUGCUAUCAUGACAGCACAGCCUGAAAAUAUCCGAACCAUUAUGUCUACCGGCUUCGAGAGCUUCGGACCGGGUAAAAUUCGAAAGCGCAGUAUGGCUCCUCUGCUCGGCCAGGGCCUGUUUACAGUUGAUGGAGAGAAAUGGAGACAUGCACGAAAUCUGCUUCGCCCGCUCUUUGUGAAGAGUAAAAUCACAGACCUGACACUGGUCCACAAGCAUUUGGAAAGGAUCUUGGAUUUUACAAUUCCUAACGACGAUGCCACUUGGUCUGGCUGGACGGGACCCAUUGAUUUGAAAGGUCUUUUCGAACGCUUUACAAUGGAUACGGCCACUGAAGCAAUCUUUGGACGCAGUGUGAACUCCCAACUGUGGGCCACGGCCUCAAUUUCCCAGGGUAAAGUAGACGGUUCUGCUGCCAGCAUGACCCAAGGUUUUGCCAGAGCAUUUGAUAUUAGCCUACUGGGGAUAGUGAUCCGCAUGGUUACCGGGCGCCUCUCCUUCCUUUUCAAACGACGCAAGUUCAGCAGCGCAUUCAACUUCGUCCAGCGAUAUGUGUCGCUUCAAGUCCACCAUCUGCUGAAAGAUGACCUGUCGCAACCUAGUGGGAUACAUAAGUCCUUUCUCGCUGCUCUAAUGGAGGCCGAAACCUUGAAUGAAAAGCAAUUGCACGAAUACUCGACCAACCUCCUCAUUGCUAGCCGUAACACAACGGCCGCCCUCCUCAGCUUCACGUUUGCCCUACUCUCCUUGCACCCCGACAUACUGGAGAAGCUCCGGUCGGAAAUCUUGUCAACAUUCCCGAUCGAUCAAGACUCGGACAGAACUAAAAAUAGGCCCGGUUCGUCCACGAUAACGGCAGAGAAGCUCCUCCAAUGUCGAUACUUACAAUGGGUUCUACGCGAGGCUCUCCGACUUUUUCCUCCCAUUCCAAUAAUGGCAGUGGAGGCGAAGAAACACACUGUGCUGCCCAUGGGCGGUGGUGAAGAUGGCGAUGCUCCCAUCCUGAUUCCUAAAGACCAACUCGUAAUGUUCUUCCCGUAUUUCGUGCACCGUCGCCGCGACAUAUGGGGUGAUGACGCCGAAUCAUUUCGGCCCGAGCGAUGGGCCAAUUCUCCUCCUUCCUGGGCGUACAUUCCGUUUGCUGGUGGUCCGCGGACAUGCCUUGGCAAGCAAUAUGCCUUGAUCCAUGCUUCCUAUGUUGUCACACGCUUGUUACAGACCUUCAGUCGUAUAAAGCCGGCCCACCCAACAAAUGACUGGCUGUCUGCUGAGACGGAGUCUGAGCGUUCCAGACUGAAGGUGCGCUCUAUAAGGAAAUCUGGGUUUAUUUCUCUUUUUCUACGAAAGUUUCAAGUUCACUUCUGGAAGGACAAAUCCCCCUGA